ACCGCAUCUCAAUUUAAUAAAUAAGAAAGAGGGAGACAGUAGCUGCUCAAAUCAUGGGUGGGAAAGCUGGGCCUGGGAGCGUUUGGCCGGUGGGGUCUUGGCGAAGGUGGGGGAAGGGCAGAACCUUGGGCCCAUCAUAUCUGGGAACCCUUUGUGCCCCAUCACCUGGCAACAGGAUGCAGCCUUCCCUCGGCCCUAGAAGGCCAGGUCACAAAGGCCAUCAGGGCCUGGCUGGGAGCUGGUGUCCCCUAAGACUGCCCUGAGCCUCUCGGGGCGACCCGGGCCCAGUGGCUGGGCGUUGGGGCCACCACCCAUGUGCGUCAUCUGCUUCGUGAAGGCGUUGGUGCACGUGUUCAAGAUCUACCUGACCGCCAGCUACACCUACACGUUCCGCAGCUGGCCCGUGGCCUUCCGCUGGGAUGACAUACGCGCCGCGGGCGGGAGCAGCAACCACCGGGCGCUGACCUGCGCGGCCGCCGCGGCGGGCGUGUGGCUGCUGCGGGACGAGGCGCUGGGCCGGGACGCGCUGGGGCGGCCUCCACGUGGGGUGCGCAGCCAGGCGCAGUGCCUCUUGCAGCAGCUCCGCGAGCUGCCCGGCCAGCUCGCUAGUUACGCGCUGGCCCACUCGCUGGGCCGCUGGCUCGUGUACCCCGGCUCCGUGUCCCUGAUGACGCGCGCGCUGCUGCCGCUGCUGCAGCACGGCCAACAGCGCCUCGUGGAGCGCUACCAUGGCCGGCGCGCCAAGCUGGUGGCCUGUGACGGCAACGAAAUCGAUACCAUGUUCAUGGACCGCCGCCAGGACCCGGGCAGCCACGGGCACGGGCUGCGCCUCGUCAUCUGCUGCGAAGGCAACGCCGGCUUCUAUGAGAUGGGCUGUCUGUCUGCGCCGCUCGAGGCCGGCUACUCCGUGCUGGGCUGGAACCACCCCGGCUUCGGCGGCAGCACUGGCGUGCCCUCCCCUCAGCACGACGCCAACGCCAUGGACGUGGUGGUCCAGUACGCACUGCACCGCCUGCACUUCUCGCCCGCGCACGUGGUGGUCUACGGCUGGUCUGUUGGCGGCUUCACGGCCACCUGGGCCACCAUGACCUACCCGGGGCUGGGUGCAUUGGUGCUGGAUGCCACCUUUGACGACCUCGUGCCGCUGGCGCUGAAGGUCAUGCCCCACAGCUGGAAGGGGCUGGUGGUGCGCACCGUGCGCGAGCACUUCAACCUUAACGUGGCCGAGCAGCUGUGCUGCUACCCGGGGCCGGUGCUGCUGCUCCGACGCACGCAGGACGACGUGGUCAGCACCUCGGGCCGCCUGCGCCCCCUGUCACCCGGCGGCGUGGAGGGCAACCGGGGCAACGAGCUGCUGUUGCGCCUGCUGGAGCACCGCUACCCCGCCGUGAUGGCGCCGGAGGGCCGUGCAGUCGUCAUCCGCUGGCUGCGCGCUGGCAGCUUGGCACAAGAGGCCGCCUUCUAUGCACGCUACCGCGUGGACGAGGAGUGGUGCCUGGCGCUGCUGAGCUCCUACCGUGCACGCUGCGAAGAGGAGCUGGAGGGCGAGGAGGCCCAGGGGCCACAGGGACCCGCCUUCCCAUGGCUGGUGGGCCAGGGCCUGAGCUCGCGGCGGCGCCGGCGGCUCGCACUGUUCCUGGCUCGGAAGCACCUCAAGAACGUGGAGGCGACUCACUUCAGCCCUCUGGAGCCUGAGGAGUUUCAGUUGCCCUGGGGGCUGUAACCUAUACGCCCCAGUGGGGGAUCACGCACUUGAACACC